AUGGUUCUUAUCUGCCGUCACAUUCUAUGUUUCUAAUUACAGAGGUCAGUUUAAGGAUAAUCUAUCCUGCAAGCAGUCUGGCUAACUUUGCAACAAUGAACAAACACAGGAAUCAAAUGACUGAAAGGAUAUUGGAUCUAACCCUGGAGAUCAUCUGCCUGCUGACUGGAGAGGAUUCUGUAGUUGUGAAAAGAAGUGGUGAACUUGUAGCACAAUGCAGCAAUGCCUGUAUGCCAGAAGGAUCCAUCAAGACCCAAGGCCCCAGCUAUUCUCACUCAUUGAUUCAUGAGAGAACCAAUAAGAAGAAGAUCCUGGAACUGACCAAUCGGAUCAUCCAGCUGCUGACUGGAGAGGUUCCCAUAAGGUGUGAAGAUGUCACUGUCCAUCUCUCCAUGGAGGAGUGGGAGUAUUUAGACGGGCACAAGGAUGUUUACAAAGACAUGGUGAAGGAGAAUCACCAACCUCAGAGCUCACUGGCUGAUGGCUCCUCUGGAAAACCUGCUCAAACUAAUGCUGCUCCUGAAGAUAUAAAUGAAGAUAAAAUUGGCCUUAACAGAAAUAAAAAAGAGAAGAGAGAGUGCAACUCCACAAAGAAUGUGGGGGUGGAUUCAGCCUCUUAUGACAUAAACCUUACAGACAUUGCAAAACCCUCAGAAGACAUGCAGACAAAAUGUUCAUCUACUCAUAUUAGGGAGGAACCAGUGGCAUGUGAAGAACCGAAUCGUGCAGACACUGACAUUUGUACACCCAUAGACCAUAUACAGACAGAAUAUGCAUCUACCCAUAUUAAAGAGGAACCAGCUUCAUGUGAACAAGGAAAUGUAACAGACACUGACGUUUAUACACACAUAGAACAUACAAAGAUAGAAUAUCCAUCAACUCCUAUUAAGGUUGAUUCAACCUUGUGUGGAAAAGAAAAUCUCACAGAUAUGGAUGUUGAUUCACCGUCAGAGCAUGCACAAACAGAAUAUACAACAAUUCAAGUAAAGGAGGAAGCAGACUCAUGUGACGAGGAAAAUCUUACAGAUACUGACCUUUAUACACCCACGGAACAUUCCGAAGCUGAUUAUAUAUCUAUUCAUAUUAAGGAGGAAUCGGUCUCGAGUGAAGAAGGAAAUCUCACAGAGACUGACAGUUUAACACGUAAAGAAAACACCCAGACAAGAUCUUCAUAUUCUUGCUCUCAGUGUGACAAAAGUUUCACAGACAAGUCAAGUUUUGUUAAACAUCAGUGGAGUCACAUGGGAAAGAAACUAUUUGCAUGUUCUGAAUGUGGGAAAUGUUUUACCCGUUCCUCAAAUCUUGCUAAACAUCAGAAAGUUCACACAGGAGAGAAAUCUUAUUCGUGCUCUCAGUGUGGCAAAUCAUUUGCAGAUAAAUCAAAUUUAUUUAAACAUCAGCGUAUUCACGUGGCAGAGAAAGAGUUCUCGUGCCCUGUGUGUGAAAAAUGUUUUACUCGUGCCUCAUACCUAGCUAAACAUCAGAAAAUUCACACAGGAGAGAAACCAUUUUCUUGCACUGAUUGUGGGAAAUGCUUUAGGCUUUCUACACAACUUAUUUUGCAUCAGAGAACACACACAGGAGAGAAACCAUAUCCGUGCACUCUAUGUGGGAAAAGUUUUAAGCAAUCCUCACAACUUGCUAUGCAUCAAAGGACUCACACCGGAGAGAAACCACAUUUCUGCAUUGAAUGUGGGAAAUGUUUUGCUGUUAAAUCGAAUCUCGUUGCUCAUCAGAAGAUUCAUGUAGGACGUAAAACAUUUGCAUGUUUUGAAUGUUUUACUUGCAAGGCAAGUCUUGUUAUACAUCCUGAUAUUGAAACAGGAAAAAAACUGUUCUCCUGUACACAAUGCGGGAAAUGUUUUGCUCAAAAAUAAGAUAUUUUUUACACCUGUAAAGAAAACAAUUACCAUGUGCUGGGACAAAUGUUUUACUCAAAAGCCAUGUUUUACAUUACAUUAAUGAAUUCUUACAAUAUAGAAACCAUUUCCUUGCUCAGAAUGUGGGAAAUGUUUUAUUAAUUGACCAGAUCUAUUUAAUCCUGAAAUGAUUCACACAUACCAUGCUCUGAGCAUGUUUUGUACAUCAACAUCAAGUAAUCCAAUUUGUUAACAAGAAUUGUUAGCUGAACCCUAUUUAGUGUAGGAUUAACUUUGAUUUGUAUAACAAUAACAGUAAUUUGUAUAACAUUCAUUAAAAAAACAUGUUAAGUUAAUAUUUAUCAAAGAUAUGUUUUGUCUACUCUGAGAUUGAAAGAUAUCGAUUAA